AUGCUCAGGAUCUCUCACCGGUUCCAGUGGCAGAUUUGGUCCACUAUCUGGUCCUUGAUAUUAUCCUUCUCUAGGCGCGUCAGCUCAGUCCUACCCCUGCGCACCCAGCCAGUUGCAGCAGCUCCUGUUGAGUGGGAGGAGGAAUGGAAGACACUCACUGUCCGGAGGGGCUUCCACGGUAUUGACAGCACUGCAGACGAAUUUAUGCCUCAUGGGCUAGACCUCAGACAUUUUAAUGUUCCUGGUGCUGUCUUUCUCAACCUUUUAGACCUCGCAACGGUCUCUCGGAUCAGCGAUCGUAUCUCUCGAGUAAAGUAUGACGGUGAAACGUGGAUACUAAAGGUCGCACGAUUCAGACAUGAAAUUCCGGCCCUGCAACAAGAGGUUUCGAUAUAUUCUACUCUAACAUCAACCGGUUUUCCUCUCGCUCCGAAAUUUAUUGGCUUCGUCUAUGAGGAAACAGAAGCUCGAAUUGUUGGCUUUCUACUGGAGGAAAUUUUUGGGGAAACCCCAGACAUACAUAAUCUCAAAGAUUGCGUGGAAACUGUUCGUCUGCUGCAUGCAUUUGGAAUUGUGCAUGGGGACCUCAAUAAAUACAACUUCCUAUUGACGGAACAAGGUGCGAAAAUCUUUGAUUUUGAGGCUUCCGCUGCUCAGGGAGACGUGGACCCAGCAGCAGCUGAGGAGGAACUAAAAGCUCUUGAAAGCAAGUUGGCAGAUGAAUCAGGCAUUGGCAAACGUUAA